UUCACCCACGGCUACACCUAGACCACGUUACAUCAAUUGCCACGAAGAUACUAUCAGUAUGAGUGCCGCAAUUUCCAUCUUCGGGCUGCUUGUAUGGUCCCUCUCGUUGACCCAAGCAAGACUUGUCAAGCCAGCAGCCGAUAUAUACUUCUGGACCAUAACAGACUGGUACACUAAACUUACCACCGAUACGCGCACUGUAGAAUAUCACUUCAUAGCAUACGCUCCCUACGACGGCGAACAUCCCAACGUCGGACAAGGCUCAAGUCACAGACCCGCAUUCACACAGCUCUGCACCGGCAACGUCACAGGCACACCGCUUGUAUCUGACUGGAAAGCAUGUACGCCCCAGGGUCCGCACGAAGAGAAGAGCAGCUUCGCAGCGCGCGUCAUCCAGGAUAAGGGAGAGUCGAGGAUCGUGAUGGCGCUGAUUUGGGAGGCGCGCGAUUAUUCGGGGUAUGUCUGUUGUUCUGCGAGUAUUCUUUUGGGGACUAGAGUGGGGCGUGUGGCUGAUCGAUCGCAGACCUGUGAAGAUGUACAAUCUUACUUCGUGGAAUGUCACGGAUGGGUGGGAGAAUCCGAGUUAUCCGAAGUAUGAGUCCUUUCAAAUUGAAUAUGGGCAUUUUAGUACUUAUAUU